AUGGUUUCGAACAGGUCUGCGUUUAGGCUAGCCGUGCUCGCUCUUGCGCUGAUACUCUUUACUAUGAUCUGGGACGCUGCUGUCUAUCGGGGAACCUCAGCGCUGCCGCUGAGCACCCAGGUACGCGCUGCAGAGAACAGAACGCACCACCUCCCCGAUGCCGUUGCAGCGGCGCUCAACUACACGCAGUUCGAGUACACGCUCGCAAACUCACUGUAUAAAAUCAACCCGCAUAUAUGCCUGAACUAUGCCUUGUCAGUUGCGGCAGCGAACCUGGCGGAUCUCCUCACCUACUGCACGCCAGAUCAGGUUGGGAAUAACAGCUGUAGCGCUCUGACGCCCGGUGCUAUCGCUCGGACGCUGCUCGCUGCGGGAUGGACCAGCACGAAUAUCCAGCUCGUGGACCUCGCAGCCAAGGUGCCAGCAAGGUAUUUCAAUUGGUCGACCAGUGACGGGCUCUCGGGUCUGCAAGCGUACCACGUCGGUCUUCAAGCUGCACCAUACGUUGUGAACCAACUGCGGCCUUACCUACAUAGUGGACAACUCAACCUGGUUGGGGUAGGUGCAGUGGCUCUCCGCACAGACUACGUGUACGCGAUGGUUGCCCUGGGCGGGGAUCCAUCGCAACACUGCUACGAAGCGAGCUAG